UACAGGCUUCUUCCAAAUGCAUGAAUGAAUACAGUAAUUUUUUCUUUAGUAUCUUUUUGUUCUAUUUCUUGAAGGAUUCUAACAAGGAGAUUGUCAUCUUAACAUGCAGAGCCUUACACAAAUUGUCAUCUCCAGUUGUUACAAAGUAUCAUUACAGUGAGCCAAAAUCUUCUUUGCAGCUACCCAUUGAUCCUAGUUUUAGGCAACAGAGCAAGACUAUUCCUCCAAAAUUAUUCAUCUAUUUGAAGACAAUUAUAUCUCCCUUCAUAUUCACAAAAUACCUUCAUAAACAGAAAGACAUUAAUAAUGACUUUUAAAUUUUUGGCUCUUAGGCUUUUAAACAAGCAUGAUUUCUUUAACCUUUUUUCACGGGGACUAUUUUUCAACCUUGUUGAUUUCUUUAGUCUUGCCUUGAUGAGAUCCAAAUGCUAAAAAAGGUGGUGUGGUAUGGUAGAAAGAAGAAUGACCUGGGAGCUAGGAUCUUGACUUCCAGUCCUAGCUGCUGACUUGCUUAUGACUUCUUAUGGCAUUUACAUCUCAUUCUACACUUCAUUCUGUCUUGUGUUAUUAUUUGUGUGUAUAUCUUACUUCCCCUACCACAGUUAGCCUUACUAAACUGUAGACAUUAGUAAACUGUAAGGAACUAGGCAUCACAGAAAAUAGCCCUCGAAUCAAGAACAGCUUAGUACAAACCAGAAUUAUGACCUUGCUUAACUUCUGUUUGAAUCAUUUUCUUCAUCUAUAAAAUGGAGUAUCUAUCUACCUUUCAGGAUUGUGGUGAGGAUCUAAUGAGAUAUUGUAAAACUCUUAGCAGAGUGCCUAGAACAUAGUAUUUAAUAAAAGCUUGUUUCCUUCCUUAAAUUCUUCAAAGCCCCUUCAUAUUCUCUAAGCAUAUGAGAAUACAGUAAAAAGUGCUCAAGACUGAUAGGUAAAUUAAGAAAGGGCUUUUAAGCUUAUUUGAAAUCAUGGGUGAAAAGAAAUUAUCUCUAAUUAUAUCUAGGUUAGAGAAAAUUCACGUGUACAUGAGCCACAGUAGUAUGAAUUUUUAAAACAUUAAGAAUAUCAAUACACACAACUGAAAAUAAAAAUGCAGCCACAAUACCAAGUAUUCCUUGGACAAAAGAUCUGUCUCAUGUUUUAGAUUGAGAGAGGAUCUCCAAGCUAGUUAGUACCUGUUUUGCUAUUAACUUGUUAAAAUGUCCUUUUGAAAUUCACUCUGGGAGUUGCUUUAUCUUUCUGGACCUUCCUAUUCAUCUAUCUAUAUAAAAAAGGAGAAGGUUGAAUUGCCUGAUCACUAAAAAGUUUUUCAAGUUACAAAAUGACAUGAACUUAAGAAACUGUUUGGUGUAGCGCUUCAGUCCCUGGGGCCCAGUAAAGAUUCUAAAUGUUAGCCAGAUAUAGAUGAAAGUCUACACAAAGAAUUAGGAUCAAGAAUUAGAAAGUUAUUUGUAAGAAGGCCAGUUUGGUUGUCAAGUUGAGUGAAUGAAGGAAAUUUACCUGAAAAGAAAAGAAAGCUAUAUUCAGAUUACCAAGGGCUUUAAAAACCAAAGGAGUUUAUAUUUUAUCCUAGAAAGGAGAGGCAAUAAUUGAAGAGUGUGAUCUGUACUGAGAUCAACUGAGCUGCUGUGGGGAAAAAGGUUGAAAAAGAAGACGUUCAGAGUCCAAUUAAGAAUAUAAUCCAAUCAUUAGUAAUAUAGUUCAGUCAAAACAUGCUUAGGGUUGUUCAAACUUAAUUGUUCAAAUUAAGAUAUAUGAGUGGAACAAGAGGGGGAGAUGAAAAAUAGAUUGUAGAGGUAUAUGGAAUAUAACAAGAAGUGAGUGGAUUUGUGGGGCAAAAAAAGCAAAAGCCCAGGAUGACUAGCAUGGUAGAGCAAAAAUUGGACAUAAAGACAAAAUUUCCUGAAAGUACAGAGUCAAAUUUUGCAUUAAUUCGGGACAGAAACCAUUACAAUUAAUUGAACUUCUUGUGUAAAAUUCGAAUGACAUUAGCAACUUCUUACAUACACGUUGUUUUACAAUUAACAAUUUCUCCACAAUUCCCCUUUGAGAACAAUUAUUUGUGUAAUAACCUCAAUGGUAAAAAUGGGGAAACGGCUGAGAGUGAAAACCAUUAUUGGGCUUCCACUUCCAAAUUCCACAGUCACUUCCUUUUCUCUUCGAUUGCAAUGAGAAUGAACAUUAAUAGGAGGAUACCACUCUCCUCCAGAUAAAAGUUAUCUGGUAAUGAAUGGUCAAGUUUUAUAGAAACUUUGAUGUGGGUGGGGGGGAGUCAAUUAUUUUUAGAUUUUAAGACAAUGUGCCCUUGAGAAUACUAAAUAAGAGUCUUCUGUCCACUUCUCUAUAAAUUUUAACUGUUUGUGUCUAUGUCGUAGUUGAAUAAUUUCUGAGACUCGAAAUUGUUGCAUCUCACAGUGUUUUUUUCUGAUUUAUAUGGAAAGGGGAAAUUAUUUGUCAGCAUAUCCGACCAGAUAACGUCGUAAUUUGUCCAUCUGACUUCUGUGAAGUGAAGAUAAUACCUCUAGUUUCUUAGGCUGUGGGAGACGUCUGGAUACGAACCGAGAGACAGUGAGCUCUCCCAUAAUUGGCUGGAGGAAGGGCCUUAGGCGGGGCUACACAGGAGGAGAUCGGUGGUUGCAACCGAUCAGAAAACUGGAGCUACUCCAGGUGGAUAAUCUUCCAGCCUUUUUCUACCCAAUCUGAGAGUACUCCAGUGAGGGACAGCACACACUCCCUGAGGCACUGUGCCGUAGAGAAGGAUAUAAACUGAGGAGCGAAGAACGCAUUUCACUGAAGCGACUACUACCUUUCACCCUAAGUUGUUGGACUCUAUGCAGAAGCAGCAAAGACUGCGGCUUCCCCGAAUUUAGAGCUGGGAGGUCUCUCCUGCUCUUAAUUCAGUGGGGGCCGGAAAAAGGAACACCUAGCCGACCUUAAAAGGGCAGAGGCGUUUAUUUUCUUUUAGUCCUCGGGGCUAUCCUGCUGCAGCCAGAUUUGACUCGCAUCAGGACUUCAUAUACAAAACGAAGCUGGUCUCGAGAAAGGGACCGAGCCCUAGUUUAGGUUCAGUGGCUUGGAUUCCGAUGGGUUUAGCAGCCGAGGAAGGGAGACUUCCUCAGGGAAAUCUAGAGAUUUGUCCAGUCUUAAUACUACGGUGGUGAAUCAACCAAUCGUGCCAGAACUAUUGGCAAAAAGAGGAGCCGUCUGAGUUCUCUCCGCUGGAAUCACAUUAACAAAAAGAUACCCCCAUAACUACUUUCUCGUCCAUCUCUUUCCCCCCACCCCCCAUCUACAAAUCUGGGAAAAACCUCCAGCCUCCUCCCCUUCCCAGAGGAUGGAGGAUCAGUGUAAAGAGUGACCAGCUUCCGCCCUUUUUAAGCCUAGAAGAUUGACCAUCCCCUCGACUUGGCCAAAGUGAGCUUUUUCCCCCUCCCCUUCCUCUCGGACAUCUCCACCCCUCACCCCCCUUCUCAAUUCCCUCCCUCUGGACGAGGGCGGAGGAGAGGAGGGGGUGUCCUGGUCGUCAUGACAGAGCUGAAGGCAAAGGAUCCACGGACUCCCCACGUGUCGGAUGGUGCACCUUCCCCCUCCCAGGUUGAAUCGCCCCUUUUGGGUCACCCAGACCCUGACCCUUUCCAAUCCAUCCAAAACUCGGAAACCCCUCCGGUGGUUACGGCGCUCCCCAUAUCCUUGGACGGAUUGCUCUUCACCAGAAGCAGCGACGAAGAGGAGCCACCGGACAGGAAGGAGGAAGGAGAACGGGUGCUGCCCGAGGUGGACUGCGUGUAUCCCGUUUCAGCAGGAUCAGACGGGGGAGGUGGAGGAGGAAGAAGUAGCAGCGUCCGAGCUCCAGGUAAGGACAGCGGGCUGCUGGACAGUGUCCUGGACACGCUGCUGGCGUCCCCGGGGCCAGGACACGGUCACGCCAGCCCCCCCGCCUGCGUCGCCACCCCCUGGUGCCUCUUUGGAACCGAGCUCCCUGAAGACCCUGGGGCCGCCCCCUCAUCCCAGGGGGCGCUGCCGCCGCUCAUGAACCGGCUGCCGGGCAAGGAAGAAGUCUCAGGUGCUGGAGCCUCGCAGAAAGUCCCGCUGGGAGGGCCGCCCUCAUCACGGCCGCCGCUGGCGGCCAGCCCCCAGUGGCCCGAGGCAGCCGCUAAGCCGCCGCCACCGUCACGGGACGAGGAUGGGCCCGAGAGUUCGGCGGGACACCUCCCCAAGGGCAGGUCCAGGGCCUUAGCCGCCGCCGGCGGCGGCGGCGGCGUGGCGGCAGCGGCGGUGGCCACAACCCCGACCCUUCAGCCAACGGGAGACGUGUCUCAGGCGCCCAGGGACGAACUCCGCUUCUCCGCUCCCAGAGCCGGCCCGGCUGCCGAGCUGGAGCCUUCGACGGCCCCGGGGCGCUCCUCAUUGGCCGCCUCGCUGAUGGACUUCAUCCACCUGCCCAUCCUGCCGAUCAACCCAGCCUUCUUGGCGGCCCGCACCCGGCACCUGCUGGAGGUGGAGGGCUUCGAGGGCGGCGCCGGAGCUUUCGCGCAACCUCGGGACUCGCCUGCCUCCUCGUCCACCCCGGGAGCCGGGGGCGACUUUCCCGACUGCGCCUUCCAGCCGGACUCCGAGCCCAAGGAAGACUCAUACCCGUUGUACGGAGACUUCCAGGCCCCGGCGCUGAAGAUUAAGGAGGAGGAGGAAGGGGAGACCCGCUCGCCGCGCUCUUACCUGUUGCCCGGCCCCACCCCGGCCGCCGGCCCAGACUACGCGCUGGGACCCCAGCUGCCCCAACCCCAGCCGCCGCCGCCGCCACCGCCCCAGCAGCGGGCACCCUCUUCUAGACCGGGGGACUUGUUGGUAGUCCCUGCCAGUGCCUCCGCCAGCGUUUCCUCCUCAUCCGCGUCCUCAUUGUCCUCAUCCUCCUCAUUGUCGUCGUCUUCGUCGUCUUCGUCCGCCUCAUCGGCCGCCGCCACCUCGCACUCUACCCUCGAGUGCAUCCUUUACAAAGCGGAGUCGGCUCAGCCCCAGCCCGGUCCUUUCGGCUCCCUUCACUGCAAAGGGCCAAGCGGAGCCGGCUGCCUUCUGCCACGGGACAGUCUGCCCUCCACCUCGACCUCGGCUGCCGCUGGCCCCGCCUCAGCCCUCUACCAGCCGCUCGGGCUGAACGGGCUCCCGCAGCUGGGCUACCAGGCAGCCGUUCUGAAGGAGGGCUUACCUCAGGUCUAUCCCCCCUAUCUGAACUAUCUGAGGCCAGAUACAGAAGCCAGCCAGAGUCCUCAAUAUGGUUUUGAAUCAUUACCUCAGAAGAUUUGUUUAAUCUGUGGUGAUGAAGCUUCCGGUUGUCACUAUGGAGUCCUCACCUGUGGAAGCUGUAAGGUCUUCUUUAAAAGGGCAAUGGAAGGACAGCAUAAUUAUUUAUGUGCUGGGAGAAAUGACUGCAUAGUUGACAAAAUUCGUAGAAAAAAUUGUCCAGCAUGUCGUCUAAGAAAAUGCUGUCAGGCUGGCAUGGUCCUUGGAGGUCGGAAAUUUAAAAAGUUCAAUAAAGUCAGAGUUAUGAGAGCACUAGAUGCUGUUGCUCUACCACAACCAGUGGGCCUUCCAAAUGAAAGCCAAGCUCUAACACAGAGAAUCACCUUUUCACCAAAUCAAGAAGUUCAGUUGAUUUCCCCACUGAUCAACCUGUUACUGAGCAUUGAGCCAGAUGUUAUCUAUGCAGGAUACGACAACACAAAACCUGAAACAUCCAGUUCUUUGCUAACCUGUCUAAAUCAACUAGCCGAGAGGCAACUCCUUUCAGUAGUCAAGUGGUCUAAAUCACUGCCAGGAUUCCGUAACUUGCAUAUUGAUGAUCAGAUAACCCUUAUUCAGUAUUCUUGGAUGAGUCUAAUGGUGUUUGGAUUGGGGUGGAGAUCAUAUAAACAUGUCAAUAGUCAAAUGCUAUAUUUUGCACCUGAUCUGAUACUUAAUGAACAGCGAAUGAAAGAAUCAUCCUUCUAUUCCUUAUGCCUUACCAUGUGGCAAAUCCCACAGGAGUUCAUGAAGCUUCAAGUUACUCAAGAAGAAUUCCUCUGUAUGAAAGCAUUACUGCUUCUUAAUACAAUUCCAUUGGAAGGACUUAGAAAUCAGAACCAGUUUGAUGAGAUGAGAUCAAGCUACAUUAGAGAGCUCAUCAAAGCCAUUGGUUUGAGACAGAAAGGAGUUGUGGCUAGCUCACAGCGUUUUUAUCAGCUGACAAGAUUUAUGGACUCCCUGCAUGAUCUUGUGAAACAACUCCAUCUCUACUGCUUGAAUACAUUUAUCCAAUCCCGGGCACUGAGUGUUGAAUUUCCAGAAAUGAUGUCUGAAGUUAUUGCUGCACAGUUACCCAAGAUCCUUGCAGGGAUGGUGAAACCUCUUCUCUUUCAUAAAAAAUGAAUGUUGAUUUUUUCUUCUUAAAAUGGAUUAUAUUAUGUGGAAUUUCUGUUUUGUUUUGGUCAAGAUUUUGGUGUCUUAAAAUUUUUAAAUAUUCUUCUCAGCGCCUUAUACUUGUAAUAUAACAUGCAGAGUAAAUUUAAGAGAGAGAUUAUGGAACACAAAUGUGUUUACUUUAUAAAGCAUAAUUGGUAUUUUGUAAGUGUUUUAUGUACUCAUAUUUUCCUUUAAAAUUCACAAGAUUGGAAAAGUACUUUAAAUUGAAUGUUAAAAUAAACUUAAUCUGCAUUUUAUUUCAUAGAAUUUAAAGAGAACUUUUUUUUUCCCUUUUCAUCUAACAGACUUCAACCUAAAGGACAAUUGUACAGUCAAUAAAAUGUUCAUUGCACA